GUGUACUGGAAACUCCUGGUCGUUGCACUCUUGGCAAUCCUUGUCUUCACUGAUCUGGCUGAAGCUGGAGAGAAAAGAAGGAGAAAGAAGAAAGCUAAGAAAGGAAAGCCAAUAUUUAGUUAAUCUUUAGAUAAGAAAAAAGGAGGAAUGGGCGGCAUGGGCGGCGGUGGAGGCAUGGAAAUGGUCUUCAUCUCCCUUAGAGAAGAGCAUAUUCCUGAAGAAGGUAGUGAAAGAAUGGCAGCAGGCUUUCAAGAGAUGAUGCUCACAGGAGGUUUACAAGUCAGCGUUGUAGCAGUUGAUAAUAACCAGAUGAUUGCUUUAGCCAACAAUGUCCUUCAAGUCAUGGAAGUAAGAAAGUUUGCAUGCAACAUGGAGCAAGUUCUUAAAGUUGAGUAUGAUAAGAAGACCUUCCCAGGGUACCAUAUUACAGAAGAGGAAAGAGAAUCACUAAACAUAGAUGAAAAUGGGAACAAAAUAAAAGAUGAAGUGAAGUCAGAUUUAUAAGAUUCUCUCAUUAAUUCUUGUUAAAAUCUUUGGUGCA